UGCGAAAGUAACUCCAUGCCAACGUCCAGUGUAGCCCACAUUUGGACCUACUUCACGAAGGUCUUAUAUCGCUUGAGAGCCUAAUACAUCACGCUACGUUACCGGCCUCCAUGACGUUCAGAAUUGUACUCUCUGGUAAUGAACGUGGGUAUUUCUGCCCUGGAGAUCAUUUGAACGGGGUUGUGACUUUGGCUGCGCCUCGCGAAGGACAUGCAGAGUCUGUUUCAAUGUCAUUUUUUGGACGCUCAGUGGUUUUAAUUGCUCGUGCUGGAAGAAAACGAGCAAGUUCUUGCGGGUAUCUCUGCAGAAAACACAUCAUUCUUCUAAGAGGACUUCAUUUCUAUGCGGGGCAGACGUUCUUCUGGCCAUUCACUUUCCAAUUGCCUCGGCAUUCUACUUUUCUCUAUCGAGACGAAACCAAUACUACGAACGUCGACGGCGUCUUCAGUUGUGAAUCUCCUUGGAGGGGAUCUAGUGAUGCUGAAACGAUCCCUCUUCCGCCCAGCUUUUCCUACAAAGGGAAAUUCAACUGUCACGUUGAGUACGUCAUUCAGGCCAGAUUGAUUCAACCACCUAGUUCGCAUCUCCUUUCCGGCAUGGAUAUGACUGCAUACACGGAAAUUACGGUCCGUCCGCCUCUGCCAACAAUAGCUUUCUCUCCAGUGUCAACUCUUCCACGGUUCCAAUCACACCAUCAAACCUUUUUCUGCUCUUCAUCCCACAGAGCACAUCGAAUGCGCUCUCUUACACCGGAGCUUUUCGGGACAAGCAAUGGAGGCCUAGUUUCCUCACUCCCUCUCAAUAAUCUAUAUCUAUCGAUUCAUAUCUUGCUUCCGAACUUCAUCAAUCUCCAAGCACAAACUCCAGUCCCGGUAGCGGUCCGAGCGACACAUUCUAGCAAAGAUGGAUCCCAUUUUGGCAUUCAGAUACGGAGCCUAAGACUGGACCUCGUCUCGCAUACGAAAGUCCGCGCCAGAUCGGUACGAGCUUCUGAAUGCCGACGCAUCUGUCUAAUCGAGGAAAUAUGUAACAUCCCUGUUCAUCAGGCCGAUCCGCUAGAGCUUCAAAACUACGAUGGCAAAACUAAGUUCCACGGUAAUGAUGAAUAUUUUCGCUUCGUGACCGAGAGAGGGCUCGAGAUAACUUACCUUGACAAGUGUGCCACUAGUACAAUACUAGACAGGACGAAUCUCGUACCCGAAUUCUGCACAUACAAUAUUUUCCAGUCUUAUUCUCUGGAUGUGAAAUGUCAAAUGAAUUAUGGGAAAGAAAGACUUACCUGUACGGAAAAUGGAAUUCCCAUUCAGCUGGUCAAUUUCGAGUCAGAUACGCCUAGCACACUACUGAGCCGCGAAGAUCGUAGCCAGGUCACGGAUUUUGGCAACAAUACUCACGAAAACAACAUGUCAAGUGACAAUGAUGAUAUGAGUCUUUCGGAAACUAUUAUUCUGGAGUCCCCGCCAGCCUAUAGGGCUUCGGUCUCGCCACAAGAAAUCGGCAGCACUUAAAGUACGCAGCUCGAAUCUGGUCCAUAGUGAGAGACUUCUACCAGGGUUCAUUACUACUUCAGCUCUUCUUGAAUAGAUAAUUUUGCAAAGAAAAUAUCUUAACUGCGCAUAUAUCAAUCAGCGGGAAGCAGACCAUGCAAAAAAUCUAACGUCAUAGCGGAUGCGACGGAUUUAGAGUCGGACCAACUUCAAUUGCUACAGAUG